AUGACUGCCAUUGAGAGACCAGACCGGCAAGCGCCUGGGACCGAGUUCCUAGUUGAUGAAGAUGGAUCUACUACAACCCAUUCAUAUCAACAUAUUUGCUGUGGGAAUCGGCGUGUCAUUCUCGUACCUCAGCCUUCUUUGACCGAUCCCAACGACCCUCUAUUGUGGCCACGCUGGAAGAAAUGGCUUGUCUUGGGCAAUGGGCUCUUUUAUGCUUUCAAUGGUGCAGUCACAGGCCCUAUGAUGGCAGGAGCAUGCAUUUGGCUAGCUAUUGCAUCGAAAACGACAUUUACAUCUUUUAUUGUUGCCCGUGCUUUUCUAGGUCUUUGGGAAGCUCCCAUAGAAGCAAUUGUGCCAAGCACAAUCACGGAUAUCUUUCAUCUACACGAGCGCGGAGAACAAGUCUCCUACUACGGACUUACGGUCCUCGUUGGAAAUGAAAUUGGCCCUUUAGUAUCGGCUUUUAUCAUUCAAGCUUUGGAUAUGCGAUGGGCCUUUUUCAUUGUUGCUAUGUCAAUUGGGGUCAAUAUUAUUUCCAUGGUGGUGUCCAUGCCGGAAACAAUGUACCAUGGAGACCGUCCAGUGAUUAAUCCUGUUCGUACAGAUACUGAAAAGCCUACCAAAAAUUUCGAACAUAUCGAUAAUCCGAGUAAUGGAAGUGCACCGCCAGUGACAGCAAAAAAGCGAUCUUUUCUGCAGGACCUCUUGUACUUUCACGCCAAUAAAGACAUGAGUCUUUGGAAAGUAUUCAAACGGCCAUUUAUUCUCAUGGCUUAUCCAACAGUGCUUUGGUCAAGUCUUGUCUAUGGCAUGUCUUUGAGCUGGAAUGUGAUUCUGGGAGCCACCGUUGCGCAAUUGUUUGCGCCACCGCCUUACAACUUUUCUUCCGGUUCUCAAGGACUUAUUUUUGUCUCGCCGUUCAUCGGUUCUCUUGUGGGGUCUUAUUUCUGUGGUCGCCUCACAGAUCAGGUGGCAACAUGGUUCACAGUCCGUAACAACGGUGUUAGAGAACCUGAAAUGCGUCUACCGACUUGUAUUCUUGCAGCUAUUUUGACCUUUUUAGGGGCUCUCAUUUCGAGUCUUACAUAUCAUUACAAGACCCACUGGGCUGGUCCUAUCGUUGGAUUUGGCAUACUAUCAGCUGGGUCCCAGAUGGGAGCCACAUUAGCGAUAUCCUAUUGUCUGGAUUGCCACCAAGAGCUCUCCGCCGAAUCAAUGGUAACUGUUUCCUGUUUGAAGUCUACCGUUGCCUGGAUUUGGACCUGGUGUAUCAAUGAUUGGAUUUCACAAAACGGGUUGUUGGUUGUGUUUAUGUCGGUAGCAGCAGUCAACAUGGCUGUUUAUGCAACGACAUUGAUUUUUUAUUUUCAUGGAAAAUCUAUCCGGACCUGGAUCCACAAAAAGGGGUUUCUUCUUUCUGAGUAG